AUGGCGCAGUUCCCAACGAAGAUGGCGGAGAUCUACGGGCGAAUCAUGGGCGACGUGAUGGAAGAGUCAAGGAACAAGUUCAUAGGACAAGGAAUGGACACCAACGUGCUUUCUGAGCUCCAAAGGCUAUGGACUGAGAAGCUCAAUGCGUAUGGAACACAUGUUCGAACAGAUCUUGCCGGGGGCAGCAUGCUGGGAGGGUAUGUCGCCGCCUGCCCUCCUCUUAUGCAGCAUGAUGCUCAGGGCUACCCGCUGGACAUGCGGAGAGACACAGGCUUCCCGCAGACUGAUGGAGCAGACACAAGCCUGCAAAUCUUUUCAGAAAGCGCUGAGGAUGAAUCAAGUGAGGAGGGGGGGGCAAAGACGGGCAAGAGCUCGAGUGCAACGCGAGAUCUGAAGGCUUGUACGAUUGUCAUUGAACAAACGGACGGGGCUGGGUCAAGCCCGAUCAAGCGUCGACGGGUUGGCGAGGAUGGAGAAUCUGAUGGCGACGAUGACGAGGAGGAGGAGGGGGAUGAGGGGGCGAAUGAAGAAGAGGAGCUGGGGUCUGAGGACGAUGACGAUGACGAAGAAGAUGAUGUGGCGAACUCGACUCACAAUCUAAUACUGUGUCAGUAUGAGAAGGUGAGUCGGACAAAGAACAAAUGGAAGGCACAACUCAAGUUUGGUGUGAUGACACUGGCGAUCAAUGAUGGCGGGCGUGAUUUUGUGUUCAAGAAGGGAAAUUCUGAUAUGAAUUUUUCAAGCUAA